AUGCUAAGAAGUCUUCUCUUUCUAUCCCAGCAGGCCAAUGAAGCCCUCCACCACCAGCAUCAGAACAGCCUGCUGCCGCUGCUCAACUCUGAGCCGCAGGAUCAAAAGCCUGUUCUUCCUAUCCUGCUCGACCAGAAACCCCCAGUCAGUGUGGCUGACCUCCUCAAAGAUAACAUGGGCAGCGGAGGGGGAGGAGGUGGUGGCGGCGGCGGUCAGGUGGUAAUAAAGAAGGAGCCCAAGUCAAAGACGCCCUUCAUAUGCGGCUACUGCAACAAGGCCUUUCGGGACAGUUACCACCUCCGGCGACAUGAGUCCUGUCACACGGGCAUUAAGAUGGUGUCACGGCCCAAGAAGACAACCACAGCGCCCACCAUGGUGCCUCUCAUUUCCACUGUGCCACGCGACAACAAUGGCAACCCCUCCUAUGUCUCUACAGUGGCAGGGAUCCUCACCACAGCCACAACCUCCGCAUCCACGGCCGCAGGUGUGAUGUCGGUCCUGCCUCAGCAGCAGCCGGCCGUGCCCAAGAAACCCCCCAAACCAGUGAAGAAGAACCAUGGGUGCGAGAUGUGCGGCAAGGCCUUCCGUGACGUCUACCACCUCAACCGCCACAAGCUCUCGCACUCGGACGAGAAGCCCUUCGAGUGUCCCAUCUGUCACCAGCGCUUCAAGAGGAAGGACCGCAUGACCUACCACGUGCGUUCGCAUGACGGUGGCGUGCACAAGCCGUAUAUCUGCUCCGUUUGUGGGAAAGGCUUCUCUAGGCCGGAUCAUCUUAGCUGUCAUGUCAAGCAUGUACACUCCACAGAACGACCCUUUAAAUGCCAAGUAACGGCCUGCACAUCCGCCUUCGCCACCAAAGACCGCCUGCGUUCACACAUGAUACGGCAUGAAGGCAAGGUCACCUGCAACAUUUGCGGGAAGAUGCUGAGUGCCGCCUACAUCACCAGCCACCUCAAGACCCACGGCCAGGCCGGCUUCACCUCCCCUUGUAACAAAGACUCUAACCAUGUGUGCAACUCUGCCUCAGCCACAUUAGUCACUUCUUCGACCGCGUCCAACACUAUGGCCAUGAACCGCGGCGCCAUCAGCCAUCCCGUCACCAUCGCCGCUCAGAUGAACAUCACCACCAACACGGUCAACAUCACCUCCCCCGUCAGCCUUCACCACCCGGUCACCAUCACUGCUCCCGUCAACAUCGCCUCAGUCAACAUCCCAGCCACGGCGCCCAUGAACAUCGCCCAUCCCGUCGCCAUCACCUCGCCCAUGUCAAUGAACAUCACUGGUCCCCUCAACAUUGCCAUGAGGCCGAUGGAAAGCAUGUCUUUCCUCUCGCAGGUCCUGCCAUCCACCCCGCCCUGGUAGAACCCAACGUCCCACCCGCCGUCUCCUAGUAAACCUCAUGUCUCCCGUUUUAGUCUUCCUCUCCAGCUGUGAGGGGAAAAAAAGAGCCUGGAGGAAUGGCGAGGGUAGGAAAAUGACAAUCCGCAGCUGCAAGGAAUUAUGCGGAUGUUAGCUGGCACUUUGCGUCUCCUUCGUUCGGCUGAGAGAUAAGCAGAUUGUCUAGAGUUUAGAGACGGACAGAAAAAAUAGUUAUUGCAUGGAGUGGAAGACUGACAUCCUGUAUGUUUGGUGAUUUCACUUUUCUAGUGCCAGAAAAUCCUUGCCAGUCGGCUGUUAGAAGCGGAGUGCGACGCCGCUUCAUUGUUAGUGUUAACGGUUUAAGGACUUCGACAAAUAUUACUGUGAGGAUUUUAUUUUUGUUACGUUAGCUUGCUUAUCAGUGUUUCAUAGUUUUAUGCAUUUUAAUGAGUCACGUACAACAAAAGGGACAGUGGCUUCCAUUAGUGGAAGAUGAGAGCUUUUUUUUUUUUUUUUGGAGACUCUACAAAUGAGGAAAAUGUAGAAUAAGUUUUUAAAAGGUCUCAUUUCAUUGUAAGC